AUGGAGUCGAUUCGAAGCCUCAGGGGCUUCGUUUCGCCGAGGAGGUCGAGCGUCUACGUAGUCAAUGGGAAAUACGUCGACAAAAUCAAAGCUCUCCGUGACGGGACAGCCCACCUCACGGCAAAACGUCUGCUGCUGUGUGUAUGGGUCAGCGUCGGGGUGGUACCGUUGAUUCUGCAGGCUCGAAGCUACGCCAAGUUCAUGGCGCCGCACAAGAUCACGCAAGAUCUCGUCGCCCCCGAGGGUUCAGUAGGCAAUACAACGCAUCUCAACGAUCUCUGCUCAGUCGAAGGCCUCGUCAUUGCUGGUGCGUGGUGGAACGUCGUGCCCACGCACUAUUACUCUGUUCCCGCUGGAAAUCUCUGCCACUUUGUUGUGCCGCAGUAUAAUAUCCACGGAGCGUAUCUCCUCGGAGCCGACAAAGUAUCUCCAUCUUCCACGACACCGGCGAGUUGCUCCAACGACAGCUACCCGUUCCACCACUACUUCUACCACGGGAGUAUCGGCUUCUACGCGUUCUACGAGGAGGCGUCGGGAACGUACUGCUCGAUCGACUGGACUGCGUACGUGAAAGUGAAUGGCCUUGGAACGUACGAUAGCAAUGGUGCCCAUUUGGCUGAGGAUACCGGGGAUACGACGUACAGGCGGUCGUACUGGUAUGGCGUGUUCGGCGCGAUUUGGAUCGCGUAUCGGACGCUGCUGAUAAGGCGCAGCUUCGUUUCAUGCAAACGAUUCGGGCGAAGGAGCGACAUCAUGCAGCAGCAAAUGCGCUUCAAAGACGCUCUGGUGUACGUCCAGGAGAGCCUCCGACUAUCAGCCCACGGAGCGAGGAGUUAUCACCGCGCUGUGAUCCUUUAUCUCUUGGUCGAGGGUCUUAUGAGCGACUUGUUCAUGCUCAUCGCGCAGGAUGGCUUCGUCGCCAAGAUUCAGUACAUCUCACUCGGAUACAACUUGUCUGGGAUUCUCUCGAUGCUGUUUGAAAUGGUGGAGAGCAUGAACUGGCUGCGUGAGAAGUGGCGCUGCUUCGUCAAGCGCUUGCUCUUCAACUACGAGACGGCCUUGGUCGGAGAGUUUUGCUGUGCAGCAGCCAUGCAGUUCUACCUCACGCUGUUGAACCGAUCGAGUCUCAAGCACACUCAGCCAGCGGCAGAAGCUGUGUCGUACUACGUGUGGAGCUUGGUUGGUCACGGCGUCAUCGUCUUUGGCAUUGUCGCCGCCAUUCUAUCCAUUCGAGCGGCAGGAGCCAUCGUUACUGUCAAAUACACCUUCGGGUCACUGAAGCUCUUCACGUCGCCAUGCAGUGUGGACGCUGCACUGGGAGUUCGCUCUAAGAUGAUUCUCCUCGGUGGAUAUGUCUGGGAGAACGGCACACUCUGCUACAAAGUAGAAACUCUGAAAUCAUUCGGGAUCAUGAGCAUGGAGGAGGAAGACGACACGCAGUUCCUCGUCCUCCACAAACUCCACUGGCUGGCAUUUCCGCGGCAGGAUAUGAUCGUCAUCGGGGAAGUCCACGGAUAUCGAGUCCAGCCUUGCAUCGAGCGCCCCUGUGUCGGUAUUGUGAGCGUGUUCGGAACCACGCUCGGAGGUCCAGCGGAGGCAUCGGAUGAAGCCCUGAUAAGGCCAAAGCCGGUUUCCACUCGCCAAUUGCCGUACAUAAGCUGA